AUGGUGGACACGUUAGCAACGGAAGACUAUGUCACCAUUGCCGUGUAUUUUGGAAUUGUUUUGGCAGUUGGUUUAUGGUCCACAUUUCGUCCAAAUCGUGGAAAUGUUACUGGUUACUUUUUGGCGGGAAAAUCGAUGCACUGGAUACCAGUCGGUGCAUCAAUCUAUGCCAGUAAUAUAGGAGCUCCAAUGUUCAUUGGUUUAGCUGGAACAGCUGCUGCUUCCGGUUUGGCUGUGACUAUAUAUGAAUGGCAUGCAGUGUUUAUACUGAUAGCUCUGGGAUGGAUCUUUGUACCAGUGUAUGUAUCAAGUGGAGCGUUUACUAUGCCAGAAUACCUCAGGAAGAGAUUUGGUGGAACACGUAUUCGAAUGUACAGCUCAUUCUUUGCCCUAAUUGGAUAUAUAUUUUUCAACAUAUCUGCAGAGAUAUACUCAGGAGCAAUAUUUCUCCGACACAUACUAAAAUGGAACAUGUAUCUUUGUGUUGUUAUCAUACUAGCUGUGACAGCUGUUUUUACUAUUGUUGGUGGUCUAACAACUGUAAUGUACACCGAUGCUCUACAAUCCGUUGUUCUAAUCAUCAGCUUCAUUAUAUUAUUCGUCAUUGGUAUAGUACAAGUCGGCGGAUGGAACGAAAUGACCGAAAAGUAUAUGCACAGUGCUUCCAACUAUACACUCAGUCUGAUGAACCAGUCCCUGUACUCAUGCGGAAUGCCUCGGGAAGACGCUUUACAUAUAUUCCGAAGUGCUACGACUGGUGAUAUUCCAUGGACAGGGGCUUUAACAGGACUGUCUGUCAUGGGACUUUAUGUCUGGUGUCAAGAUCAGCUUAUAGUACAGAGAACCCUAUCAGCUCGAGACAUGAUUCAUGCUAAGGCCGGUACACUACUAGGUGGCGCUUUAAAACUUUUGGGGUUAUUUACAUUUAUUGUUCCUGGUAUGAUCAGUCGUAUAUUAUAUCCAGAUGAAAUUGCAUGUGCCGACCCAGACAAAUGUGAAGCGUUUUGUCACAAUAAAGCUGGUUGCAGCAAUUUUGCUUACCCUGUUCUCGUUCUCCGGUUGAUGCCAAUAGGUCUGAGAGGGCUGAUGCUGGCCGCGCUAUUGGCAGCUCUUAUGAGCUCACUAACAUCUAUCCUAAACAGCGCAAGCGCUAUCGCCACCAUGGAUAUUUGGAAACAGUUCCGUAAGAAGGCAACACAGGCAGAGCUAAUGGUUGUUGGCAGGGUAACUGUGAUGAUUCUAGUUGUUAUAAGUAUAGUUUGGCUACCAAUCAUGGACGCAGCCCAAGGUGGCAUGUUUUGGUUUUACUUUAUAGGAAUAAGAUCGUACUUCUUACCUCAGAUGUGUGUCAUGUUUGUUUUGGGCUUGUUUUGGAAAAGAUUGACAGAACAGGGUGCAUUUUGGGGUCUUAUGAUCAGUUUGGUGAUCGGCUUGAUCCGAAUGGUUCUAGAUUUUACAUUUGUACAGCCAUCGUGUGGAAGUGGAGAUCAAGACACCAGACCGUCAAUUAUCAGCAAAGUUGAUUUUUCACAUUUUGCCGCCAUUUUAGCCGUUUUAUGUUGUAUUUCUAUGGUAGUUAUCAGUCUUUUUACAAGACCAAGGCCGCCAAGAAAACUGAGAAGGGUGACUUGGUGGACGAAAGACGACGACGAAGACCCUGAAUUAUCUUCAGAGGAAGACGAAGAGGUAGACGAACCGAGAAUAAACAAAGAUGAAAUAAUUGAAAACAUUGGAACAGAAGUUCCUGUAUCGUUUGGACAACGCUUUUGUAAAGCAUUUAAAAACUGGGUUUGUGGAACAACAGAUGAAGUAAACAAACAUCAAUAUUUGACACAACGGGAGAUAAUCCACCUGAGACAGAUGAAAUCAAUUGAUGAAACUGCUUUCUAUCGUAAAGUGUUAAAUGGUGCUGCCAUACUUAUGUCUUUACUAACAGCAUUUCUUAUAGGCAAAUUCAGUUAG